AUGAUAGGACUCUGCUCUCCACACUCGCCCAUCUCCAACCCAUCGAACCCAAUCGCACCCCGCCGCGGUUACCAACUUAACUCCGUCUGGUACCCGAUGGUACUUUUCAAACUCUGUGCGGUGAGGUGGACGCAUCACGCAUCCUUCUCCUUUUCCAUCCACGGGAAGGAAAUCAGACAUUCUCGCGAUCCUGCAUUGCGAUUUGUGCGUUGCACCCGUGAUGCACCCGGCCUGGUCAAACGAAGGAAACACGAGAGUAGCCAGGAAGUCAUCGAGUCGAGUCGUGCUUGGUCAAGAGGCAAAAAGGAGCUCGAUCACUCACGUCUCUCUUCUGGCAGCCAUAACUUGCUUCACCGUUCUUCUCUGGCCGGGCCAGGGGACUGGGAACCCGUAGGUUGGGUCGAAUCGGAGCCUCGACAUCCUGGUUGUGCCCGUGAACAAGCCCUGUGCCGCCUCCUCAUCAUUUUUACAAAGUGGUUUUGCGAAAGAAAAAAACAACCGAAAAGGAAAAAAACAGAAAAGGGCAAGGCGACUAGCCGUGGGACAUCCGGCUCCCCGCCAGACUCCCACCGCCCAAACCUGCGCAAGUGA